UGUUUUGUAAAUCGGUGAUCUCAAAAGUUGACUGCAGCUGUAUAAACAGUUGUUAAAGCUCCUGACAUGGAUCCCCUGCCUUAAACAAACAACGCUAACACAGGCGUUGUGUGUGAAAUAAUGUAACGUAAAUUGAGCAGCUAACCGACGGAGCUGUCUUUCUGCCGGGGAAAGGUUAUCGUUACACGGGACAAACAUGGAUUUUCUGGGGAUUGUUUACUAAAGACAGGAGGGCAACAACAACAACUUUUUUUCUCAAUGAGAGAGAACAACAUGAAGCCGAAACACACCCACAGGCAUCCAGAACCCAACUGGCAAGGGAAAGGAGCCGGUAAAGCCUGUGAAAAGUCUACGCUGAGCCAAGCGAAGCCAACAUGUGUGACCUCUCCUGCUCGAGUCAAACCUUUUGCUGGGAAAGUGUUUUACCUGGACCUGCCUUCAAACAGAAAAGCAGAGAAAUUGGAGGGUGACAUCAAAGACCUGGGAGGGACUGUUGAGAAGUUCUUCAGCAAAGAAAUUAGGUAUCUGGUGUCCAACAAGAGGGAGGCUAGAUAUGUGCACUGCCUCAGGAAGGACUCUCCGGUCCCCAGCCCGGGGUCCGGCCCCAGCUCCCCUCAGCCGGCACCACAGCAACAGCAGCCUGGGGACAACAUGAAGAGCAAGUCUCAUGGCCAAACGGAUUCUUUUAUUCCGAGUCGAGGGAAGUCUUUGGUGGAGAGAGUGGUGAAAGAGCAGGAGAGGGUGAAAAUGAACAAGAUCCUGUCAAAUGCUCUGGAGUGGGGUGUGAAAAUUGUCUAUAUAGAUGGUAUGUUUUGCAUAUAUCAGAAGAAGCAAAAGAAUUGCAGCAGGCAGUGUCCGGCUCCCACUGCUGCCAAAACAAGUGUCAAAGCUGGCUCAGCAGCAAAGCAAGGCUUUCAGAAAUGCAAAGCGGGGCGGAUCAGUAAACCCUUCGUCAAGGUCGAGGAUUCAAGCAGGCAUUACCGUCAAUCAGCCUCACUAUGCCGAACAUGCCGGUGGUUCAACCUGAAGACUCUUCCUCCCUGUAGUCCCUUCUUUGUCCACGACAAGGUGAAUCCUGGGAUUAAACAGCCGGGACAACAGAGUUGUGAAGCCUCGGCCAGCGAGGAGCGAGCAAACGUCCGAAAGAAGAACAGAGACAAGAAGCGAGGCGGCUACUGCGAGUGCUGCCUGAUCAAAUAUGAGAACGGUCUCAAUGGUAAAUGUGAACGUCACAAGGAUUUCUCCAAGAGUGAUGAGUUGGUGGUGGACCAACUGGUGUCAACCCUGCACUGUAACUUCCUCCACGUACCGAAGUGCAGUGUUUCCUCUGUUCUCUUUGUUCCCGAACCCUGUGGGAAAACUGCUCUGAGACACAAGACGGAUCUGGAUCCCACAGAGAUUAUUAAAGAAGAGCAGCAUCAGACUGCUGAUGGCCACAAGGGAUCUUACUCGGGACACACUUUAAAAAUCAGUUCAGUUACUGAUUCUGCUCCUCUGAAUCACAUAGAGGGGGGAGAGAGGAGGAACAAUCACUCAAACUCAGACCGAUCAAAGAACAAAUCUCUUGCGCGUAAACGGCCGUGCCGACAGAACUCUUUGACUUCUCGCUCCCAAAAAGCAGAGCAACUCGAAAUGAUCAGCACAAUAUGGAAACAGUCGCCCUCUGGAGGUGAAUUUCUUCCCUCUAUUCGCUCCAGAGAAACUCAGGACAACAAGGAGCACCAAACAAUAUCUCACGCUAUGAACAGCUCUCCCUCUCACCUCCAUGAUGUCAAUGUGAACACUCAUCAGCUAGAGGAGUCUGAUGAGAAACAAGAUUCCUCGGUGUGUGAGGCUUGCUCAGGAAGGGAAACGUUCUGCCCGACCAAAAUGACUGGAAACACCCUCUCAGAAAGGGAAGAAGUGAGCCUUCCUUCAGCAAGCCUCUCUCCUGUCCGGAAAAUACAGAGGAGGGUGAGAGUUAUAAACGCAAAAGACGGAAAAAUGAGCACACAUGAUGAAAGUGUGAAGCCGAAUGACAUCCCCAACAACCCUGCUGAGACUUUUCAGUCGAGUGAUGACAUGGAAGUAGAAUUUCUGGGGUUUGAGGAACUAGUAAGGGAGAAAGGAAUCGAAGGGAUGAACUGGACUAUUACUGCCUUUUAAAAUACUUGAAGGAUACCAUAUUCUGUGCUGUGAACUAUAUAAGACACAUAAUCUCUCCACAGGAAUCUCAGUAGGCAGAUUGAUCUAAUUUUGGUUUAUAUCAGAUGUAAGGCAAGCUGCGGAUGUGCUGUGUUUUUUUUCACAGCAUUGGAGUUGUUUUUCUAAAACUUAAAUGUGGUAGCAGCAUUCAAGGGACAUAUGAUUCACUUAAAAAUGACACGUUGCACCUUUUCUUGUGCUGUUUUUUAAACCAGAUUUGGAAUUUUAAAUUCUAAACUGAACACAAUGAACAGUCCUAAGUAGACUCGAAGUUAAAGUAAUCAAAACUGAAAUAUGAUAUGUUAAAUUAACAAAAUAAUAUUUUAUAUCCAGUCGCAACCCUUUUCAAACAAUCCUCAUCAAACAUCUUGUCAAAUGUAUACAAUAUUUUGUUAGAAAAAAUAAUAAUAGCUAAUUGCUUUAACCUGAAUUCAAACUCUUAAUCUACUUUGUGAAGAAAAGUAGGGUGGUUUGUAAUAAUAUGCAAAUCCAUUGUACUUUGAAAUAUCCACUAAUUGUCCACAUGGUCUAAUUUGGUUAAAUCAUAAAACAUUAUCAUUUGUUCACGUUCUUGACAGUAUGUCUAAAUAUUUAAUUUUAGAAAUGCAUGGCAAUUUGGGCCUAAACCUGAGUCCACAGUCAUUAUACAUACUAGUUUCAGGUAGAUACAUUCUUCUAGAUGCUAUUCAUGAAAUGAAAUGCCACCUGAAGAUGUCACUGCUCUGAAGAAGAGGAAAAAGGCCCCUAACACUUUAAAGUCCCAUGGAAACAUUACAGAGGCCUUACGUUGGAAAGGAAAAGUGAUUUGUGUAAAAAAUAGUGUAUAUAAUAAACUAUUAGUGAAUAGUUUAUUUCCAUAGUUUACAGUCCCUACUUGCAGUUGUUUCCCAUAAAUACUUUUCAUAAAAAUGUAGCAUUUUGUGAAAGAGGCAGCUUAAAUUAAAAAUAAUUUCCCCAAUAACCUGAACAAAGGUAGUCUUGAAUCUUCUCAGAUAUGCCGAACUGAUUGUAUAUGUAUUUGAAAUGCAUAUAAUGGUUGCAUAUGUAUUUUAAUGUGAAUGCCUCGUAGGUUGGAUGUGUGGUACUGACAUUAUAUAUGACAUUUUAGGAUUAUUCCUAAGUGCACUUUUCAUGACCUGCCUUGUGCUUUUCUGAUGCAUUAGCUGGACCAGCCUCUCUCUGCCCUGCAGUUAGUGCAUUAGCAUAGAGCCCUGUUCUCCCUUAUGGCUCUCUAAGAAGCACUGGGUCAGAUGGUAGUCUCUGCCACUGACAUUAAAAAGACCUGAGCAGCAAUGUUCGGAGGUGUACAGUAAGUACAGCUGCAAAUAAAAGCACUAAAGCAACACUGAA